AUGGACAGCAUGGAUGACCGUUCAGAGGAUGGCCGUGACCGUUCAUCCACGGAGCUGCCGCCAGCGCCAUAUUCCUUCUAUGACAAACUCGGCGACGCAUUGACGGCUGAUUGGAACCCGCGUGAGCAUGGCCUGCAAGGGCUGCAAGAAUCCCCUCCCGACUUCAACACUGCAAUCGUUUCUGCCGUGGAGCGAUCCGAUACCCCGUGUCCACCGAACAUUGUCGUCCAGAUUGUCGGUAGCUGUGGUGUUGUGCAGUCAUUCGUUGCACUGGGCACCACCUUGAAGCGUUAUGGCCACCGCGUCCGCAUUGCCGCCCAUAAUGAGUCCAUCGACGGCGAUCCGGCUUAUCUAAUGGACUCUAUGGUCAAGAACCCCGGACUUCUACCGCAAGUGAAAACGUCGCGCGAGGGAUAA